AUGUUCAGAUCAGUAUUCCACACCGCCAGGCUCAGUGCCAGAAAGCCGUUUCCUUCGGCCUUGGCUAUUGCCAACCCCCGCUUAGCCAGAUUCAUUUCCACAGAAAUCAAAGAUGCCAUCGAUAAAGCCGUUCUGAGUUCUCCAGUGGUGCUUUUCAUGAAAGGUACUCCUGAGUUCCCUCAGUGUGGCUUUUCUAGAGCUACUAUCCAGAUCUUGGGUCAGCAGGGCGUCGAUCCCGUUAAGUUUGCUGCUUACAACGUCUUGGAGGACCCUGAGUUGAGAGACGGUAUCAAAGAAUACAGCCAGUGGCCUACCAUUCCUCAGCUAUAUGUGAACAAGGAGUUCGUUGGAGGCUGUGACAUUGUCAUGUCGAUGGCUCAGAGUGGCGAGUUGGCCGACUUGUUGGAGCAGAAUGAGUGCUUGGUUCCUGAGGAGGAGGAGGAGCCUCUGGAGGCCAACGUCAAGCCAUCGGAGAGAUCUUAA